AUGUCCAACUACGAUAGAAGACGGGUCAACGGGCCAUCCAGCUACGUUCCGAUCUACGAUGCAGCUGGCAUUGCAUCUACUUCAACGCCGGUAGCAACGACAUCGCAACAACGACCGGAUCAGCGAUCUUACUCGCAGCUGCGUCCCAUCUUCCUACAAACCCAUCUUGUACCUUCAGCGUCAGGUAGUUCCUACGUUGAAAUCGGCGACCUGAAGCUGGCAUGCUCGGUGUUUGGUCCUCGGCAGGUCAAGGGACGACAGUACAGUGGAAAAGCAGAGUUGAACGUUGAGGUCAAGUUUGCACCGUUUUCAAGUCGAAGGAGGAGACGUCCGGGCAAGACAACCGAGAGUGCGCAUCUUUCCGGACUUCUGCACCAAGCCCUCCUGCCAUCGCUCCGACUCGAUCUGCUACCGAAAGCAUCGCUCGACAUCCACAUCAUGGUUCUACAAACUGACGGUCUCGAAGAAUCGUGCAUCGCUGCGGCGUGCAUUGCUGCCACCACCGCGCUCGCUUCGGCAGGAAUCGAAAUGUACGGUUUGGUGGUUGGAUGUGUCGCCCUCGUCCCCUCCACCACGGAUUCCAAAGACAAGCAAGUACUUGUAGAUCCAAGCUCGGCCGAUCUAGGUCUAGUGACAGCGAUGAAGACGGCAACAAGGGUUCUAUUGUGCGGUAUGCCCGCGCUCGCUUCUGUGACAUGCCUCAAUGUUUCCGCUGCGUCGAAUGUAGCUUCCAAGUCGCAUGACGCUGGAGCAGGCAUUGGCACAGAUGCCUUAGAUGUAGCACUUGAAAGCCUCAACACAAGUCUGGUCGACAUUCAUAAAGUGGUUGCGCAAGCCCUGGCCGAGGACUUUCAACGCCGAACUGCUUUGACCACCGCAGCUGCGCACAAGUAA